UGCCGAGCGGCGCGCAGAGGAGCGGGCCGCGGCGCGGAGGCGGCGGAGCGCGGCCCGGCCAUGGGCUUCCUGCACCAGCUGCAGCUGCUGCUCUGGAAGAACGUGACGCUCAAGCGCCGGAGCCCGUGGGUCUUGGCCUUCGAGCUCUUUAUCCCCCUGGUCCUCUUCUUUAUCCUGCUGGGGCUGCGGCAGAAGAAGCCCACCAUCUCUGUGAAGGAAGCCUUCUACACGGCAGCCCCCCUGACAUCAGCCGGAAUCCUGCCCGUCAUGCAGUCGCUGUGCCCAGAUGGCCAGCGCGAUGAGUUUGGCUUCCUGCAGUAUGCCAACUCCACGGUCACGCAGCUGCUGGAGCGCCUCAACCGCGUGGUGGAGGAGGGCAACCUGUUCGACCAGGCACAGCCCAGCCUGGGCUUGGAGCUCGAGGCUCUGCGCCAGCACCUGGGGGCCCUUGGCUCAGGCCCGGGCACCUGGGAGAGCCACUCUGAGAGACCUGCAGCCUUCUCCUUCUCUCUGGACUCGGUGGCCAGGGAUCCCAGGGAGCUCUGGCGUUUCCUGAUGCAGAACCUGUCGCUGCCCAACAGCACAGCCCAGGCCCUCCUGGCUGCCCGUGUGGACCCGCCCGAGGUCUAUCGCCUGCUCUUCGGCCCUUUGCCUGCUCUGGAUUCAGAGUCAGGCCUCCCCAGGGGUCAGAAGCCCUGGGGCCGCCUGGGUAGCAAUCCUCUACUACGGAUGGAGGAGCUGCUGCUUGGUCCUGACCUCCUGGAAGAGCUCACAUGUGCGCGGGGCUCCGAGGAAUUGGGCCGGAUCCUCACUGUGCCUGAGGGUCAGCAGGCAGCCCUGCAGGCCUACCAGGACGCUGUCUGCAGUGGGCAGGCUGCAGCUCGGACCCAGCGCUUCUCUGAGCUGGCCACUGAGCUCCGGGACCAGCUGGACGUGACCAAGAUCGCCCAGCAGCUGGGCCUCGAUGCCCCCAAUGGCUCGGACUCCCGGCAGACGGCCCCACCCCCACGGAGGCUGCAGGCGCUCCUGGGGGACCUGCUGGACGCCCAGAAAGUUCUGCAGGAUGUGGACGUCCUGUCGGCUCUGGCCCUGCUGCUGCCGCAGGGCGCUUGCACCGGCCGGGCCCCAGGAUCCUCAGCCAGUGGCCCUAGUGGGGUGGCCAAUAGCACUGGCACUGGGGCGGGGGCAGGUGCAGGUGCAGGUGCAGGUGCAGGCUCCAGCUCCAACGCCACAGCCGAGGAGAGCGCCCCGUCCGGUGCAGCCCCGGCCUCCCCAGACACACUGCAGGGCCAGUGCUCGGCCUUCGUGCAGCUCUGGGCGGGCCUGCAGCCCAUCCUCUGUGGUAACAACCGCACCAUAGAGCCCGAGGCGCUGCGGCGGGGCAACAUGAGCUCCCUGGGCUUCACAAGCAAGGAGCAGCGGAACCUGGGCCUUCUGGUGCACCUCAUGACCAGCAACCCCAAAAUCCUAUACGCACCAGCAGGCUCUGAAGCAGACCGUGUGAUCCUCAAGGCCAACGAGACUUUUGCCUUUGUGGGCAAUGUGACUCACUACGCCCAAGUCUGGCUCAACAUCUCGGCCGAGAUCCGCAGCUUCCUGGAGCAGGGCCGGCUACAGCAGCACCUGCGCUGGCUGCAGCAGUAUGUGGCAGAGCUGCGACUGCACCCCGAAGCCCUGAACCUGUCACUGGACGAGGUACCGCCAGCCCUGCGCCAGGACAACUUCUCUCUGCCCAAUGGCACGGCCCUUCUGCAGCAGCUGGACACAAUUGACAAUGCGGCCUGCGGCUGGAUCCAGUUCAUGUCCAAGGUGAGCGUGGAUAUCUUCAAGGGCUUUCCCGACGAGGAGAGCAUUGUCAACUACACACUCAACCAGGCCUACCAGGACAAUGUCACCGUGUUUGCCAGUGUGAUCUUCCAGACACGCAAGGACGGCUCCCUCCCACCCCACGUCCACUACAAGAUCCGCCAGAACUCCAGCUUCACCGAGAAAACCAAUGAGAUCCGCCGGGCCUACUGGCGGCCGGGCCCCAACACGGGCGGGCGCCUCUAUUUCCUCUACGGCUUCGUCUGGAUCCAGGACAUGAUGGAGCGCGCCAUCAUCAACACCUUCGUGGAGCAUGACGUGGUGGAGCCCGGCAACUACGUGCAGAUGUUCCCGUACCCCUGCUACACGCGGGAUGACUUCCUGUUUGUCAUCGAGCACAUGAUGCCCCUCUGCAUGGUGAUCUCCUGGGUCUACUCCGUGGCCAUGACCAUCCAGCACAUCGUGGCCGAGAAGGAGCACCGCCUCAAGGAGGUGAUGAAGACAAUGGGCCUGAACAACGCCGUGCACUGGGUGGCCUGGUUCAUCACGGGCUUCGUGCAGCUCUCCAUCUCCGUGACAGCACUGACUGCCAUUCUCAAGUAUGGCCAGGUCCUCAUGCACAGCCACGUGGUCAUCAUCUGGCUCUUCCUGGCCGUCUACGCUGUGGCCACCAUCAUGUUUUGCUUCCUGGUGUCCGUGCUGUACUCCAAGGCCAAGCUGGCCUCGGCCUGUGGCGGAAUCAUCUACUUUCUGAGCUACGUGCCCUACAUGUACGUGGCGAUCCGCGAGGAGGUGGCACACGAUAAGAUCACUGCCUUUGAGAAGUGCAUUGCGUCCCUGAUGUCCACCACAGCCUUCGGCCUGGGCUCCAAGUACUUCGCAUUGUAUGAGGUGGCGGGCGUGGGCAUCCAGUGGCACACGUUCAGCCAGUCACCCGUGGAGGGGGAUGACUUUAACCUGCUCCUUGCUGUCACCAUGCUGAUGGUGGAUGCAGUCGUCUAUGGCGUGCUGACAUGGUACAUUGAAGCCGUGCACCCAGGCAUGUAUGGGCUGCCCCGGCCCUGGUACUUCCCACUGCAGAAGUCCUACUGGCUGGGCAGUGGGCGGACAGAGGCCUGGGAGUGGAGCUGGCCCUGGGCACGUGCCCCCCGCCUCAGCAUCAUGGAGGAGGACCAGGCCUGUGCCAUGGAGAGCCGGCGCUUUGAGGAGGCACGUGGCAUGGAGGAGGAGCCCACCCACCUGCCCCUGGUUGUCUGUGUGGACAAGCUCACCAAGGUCUACAAGGACGACAAGAAACUGGCCUUGAACAAGCUGAGCCUAAACCUCUACGAGAACCAGGUGGUCUCCUUCCUAGGCCACAAUGGGGCGGGCAAGACCACCACCAUGUCAAUCCUGACCGGCCUGUUCCCUCCGACGUCGGGUUCAGCCACCAUCUAUGGGCAUGACAUCCGCACAGAGAUGGACGAGAUCCGCAAGAACCUGGGCAUGUGCCCACAGCACAACGUUCUCUUCGACCGGCUCACGGUGGAGGAGCAUCUGUGGUUCUACUCACGGCUCAAGAGCAUGGCCCAGGAGGAAAUCCGCAAGGAGAUGGACAAGAUGAUUGAGGACCUGGAGCUGUCCAACAAGCGGCACUCGCUGGUGCAGACGCUGUCGGGCGGCAUGAAGCGCAAGCUCUCUGUGGCCAUCGCCUUUGUGGGCGGCUCCCGUGCCAUCAUCUUGGAUGAGCCCACUGCUGGUGUGGACCCCUACGCUCGCCGCGCCAUCUGGGACCUCAUCCUGAAGUACAAGCCUGGCCGUACCAUUCUCCUGUCCACCCACCACAUGGACGAGGCCGACCUUCUCGGGGACCGCAUCGCCAUCAUCUCCCACGGGAAGCUCAAGUGCUGCGGCUCCCCUCUGUUCCUCAAGGGUGCCUACGGUGACGGGUACCGCCUCACGCUGGUCAAGCGGCCUGCAGAGCCCGGGGGACCCCAAGAGCCAGGGCUGGCAUCCAGCCCCUCGGGUCGGGCCCCGCUGAGCAGCUGCUCCGAGCCCCAUGUGUCCCAGUUCAUCCGCAAGCACGUGGCCUCCUGUCUGCUGGUCUCAGACACGAGCACCGAGCUCUCCUACAUCCUGCCCAGUGAGGCUGCCAAGAAGGGGGCCUUCGAGCGCCUCUUCCAGGACCUGGAGCACAGUCUGGACGCACUGCACCUGAGCAGCUUUGGGCUCAUGGACACGACGCUGGAGGAGGUGUUCCUGAAGGUGUCCGAGGAGGACCAGUCGCUAGAGAACAGCGAGGCUGACGUGAAGGAGUCCAGGAAGGACGGGCUGCCUGGGGAGGAGGGCCUGAUGUCUGGGGAGGGUCGAGCUGGCAACCUGGCCCAGUGCUCGGAGCUGGCCCAGUCUCAGGUAUCUCUGCAGUCGGCAUCCUCAGUGGGCUCUGCCCGUGGUGAUGACGGAGCCAGCUAUGCCGAUGUCUACGGCGACUACCGCCCCCUCUUUGACAACCCUCAGGACCCUGACAAUGUCAGCCUGCAAGAGGCUGAGGCAGAGGCCCUCUUGCGGGUCGGCCAGGGCAGCCGCAAGCUGGAGGGCUGGUGGCUGAAAGUGCGCCAGUUCCACGGGCUGUUGGUCAAGCGCUUCCACUGUGCCCGCCGCAACUCCAAAGCGCUCUUCUCCCAGAUCCUGCUGCCUGCCUUCUUUGUCUGUGUGGCCAUGACCGUGGCCUUGUCUGUUCCUGAAAUCGGUGACCUGCCCCCUCUGGUCCUGUCACCCUCCCAGUACCACAACUACACGCAGCCCCGUGGCAAUUUCAUCCCCUAUGCCAACGAGGAACGCCGGGAGUACCGACUGCGGCUGUCACCCGAUGCCAGCCCCCAGCAGCUCAUGAGCACAUUUCGGCUGCCAUCUGGCGUGGGUGCCACCUGCGUGCUCAAGUCUCCUGCCAACGGCUCACUGGGGCCCACGCUGAACCUGAGCAGCGGAGAGUCACGCUUGCUGGCUGCACGGUUCUUCGACAGCAUGUGCCUAGAGUCCUUCACACAGGGGCUGCCUCUGUCCAACUUUGUGCCACCCCCACCCUCACCCGCCCCAUCCGACUCCCCCAUGUCCCUGGAAGAGGACCUGCUGCAGGCCUGGAACACCUCCCUGCCGCCCACUGCUUCCGGGCCAGACACAUGGACGUCAGCGCCGUCCCUGCCCCGCCUGGUGCGGGAGCCCGUCCGCUGCACCUGCUCCAUGCAGGGCACAGGCUUUUCCUGCCCUGGCAGUGUGGGCGGACACCCACCCCAGAUGCGGGUGGUCACAGGCGACAUCCUGACCGACAUCACUGGCCACAACGUCUCCGAGUACCUGCUCUUCACGUCGGACCGCUUCCGGCUACACCGGUAUGGGGCCAUUACCUUUGGCAAUGUCCAGAAGUCCAUUCCGGCUUCAUUUGGCACUCGAGCCCCACCCAUGGUGCGGAAGAUCGCAGUGCGCAGGGCAGCCCAGGUUUUCUACAACAACAAGGGCUACCACAGCAUGCCCACCUACCUCAACAGCCUCAACAAUGCCAUCCUGCGCGCCAAUCUGCCCAAGAGCAAGGGCAACCCGGCAGCCUACGGCAUCACCGUCACCAACCACCCCAUGAACAAGACAAGCGCCAGCCUCUCCCUGGAUUACCUGCUGCAGGGCACGGAUGUGGUCAUCGCCAUCUUCAUCAUUGUGGCCAUGUCCUUCGUGCCGGCCAGCUUCGUGGUCUUCCUCGUGGCCGAGAAAUCCACCAAGGCCAAGCACCUGCAGUUCGUCAGCGGCUGCAACCCUGUCAUUUACUGGCUGGCCAACUAUGUGUGGGACAUGCUCAAUUACCUGGUCCCAGCCACCUGCUGUGUCAUCAUCCUGUUUGUGUUCGACCUGCCGGCCUACACGUCGCCCACCAACUUCCCCGCGGUGCUCUCUCUCUUCCUGCUCUAUGGGUGGUCCAUCACGCCCAUCAUGUACCCAGCCUCCUUCUGGUUUGAGGUCCCCAGCUCGGCCUACGUGUUCCUUAUCGUCAUCAACCUCUUCAUCGGCAUCACGGCCACUGUGGCCACCUUCUUGCUGCAGCUCUUUGAGCACGAUAAGGACCUGAAGGUUGUCAACAGUUACCUGAAAAGCUGUUUCCUCGUCUUCCCCAACUACAACCUGGGCCACGGGCUCAUGGAGAUGGCGUACAACGAGUACAUCAAUGAAUACUACGCCAAGAUUGGCCAGUUUGACAAGAUGAAGUCCCCGUUCGAGUGGGACAUCGUCACACGGGGGCUAGUGGCCAUGACGGUCGAGGGCUUCGUGGGCUUCUUCCUCACCAUCAUGUGCCAGUACAACUUCCUGCGGCAGCCACAGCGCAUGCCUGUGUCCACCAAGCCUGUGGAGGAUGACGUGGACGUGGCCAGCGAGCGGCAGCGAGUGCUUCGCGGGGACGCUGACAAUGACAUGGUCAAGAUCGAGAACCUGACCAAGGUGUACAAAUCCCGGAAGAUCGGCCGCAUCCUGGCCGUGGACCGCCUGUGCCUGGGCGUACGUCCUGGCGAGUGCUUUGGCCUGCUGGGUGUCAACGGCGCGGGCAAGACCAGCACUUUCAAGAUGCUGACUGGUGACGAGAGCACGACGGGAGGCGAGGCCUUCGUCAACGGGCACAGCGUGCUCAAGGAGCUGCUCCAGGUGCAGCAGAGCCUGGGCUACUGCCCACAGUUCGACGCCCUGUUUGACGAGCUCACGGCCCGGGAACACCUGCAGCUGUACACACGGCUGCGCGGCAUCCCCUGGAAGGACGAGGCCCGGGUGGUGAAGUGGGCUCUGGAGAAGCUGGAGCUGACCAAGUACGCAGACAAGCCGGCGGGUACCUACAGCGGUGGCAACAAGAGGAAGCUGUCCACAGCCAUUGCCCUCAUUGGGUACCCUGCCUUCAUCUUCCUGGACGAGCCCACCACAGGCAUGGACCCCAAGGCCCGGCGCUUCCUCUGGAACCUCAUUCUCGACCUCAUCAAGACGGGGCGCUCAGUGGUGCUGACCUCUCACAGCAUGGAGGAAUGCGAGGCACUGUGCACGCGGCUGGCCAUCAUGGUGAACGGACGUCUGCGCUGCCUGGGCAGCAUCCAGCACCUGAAGAACCGGUUUGGAGAUGGCUACAUGAUCACGGUGCGGACCAAGAGCAGCCAGAACGUGAAGGAUGUGGUGCGAUUCUUCAACCGGAACUUCCCUGAGGCCAUGCUCAAGGAGCGGCACCACACAAAGGUUCAGUACCAGCUGAAGUCGGAGCACAUCUCGCUGGCCCAGGUGUUCAGCAAGAUGGAGCAGGUCGUGGGCGUUCUGGGCAUCGAGGACUACUCGGUCAGCCAGACCACACUGGACAACGUGUUCGUGAACUUCGCCAAGAAGCAGAGUGACAACCUGGAGCAGCAGGAAACGGAGCCACCCUCAGCCCUGCAGUCCCCCCUUGGCCGCCUGCUCAGCCUGCUCCGGCCCCGGACCACCCCCACCGAGCUCCGGGCACUUGUGGCAGAUGAGCCUGAGGACCUGGACACGGAGGACGAGGGUCUCAUCAGCUUUGAGGAGGAGCGGGCCCAGCUUUCCUUCAACACGGACACACUCUGCUGACCACCAGGAGCUGGGUCAGGGACUCGACUGUUGGGACAGAAGUCAGACAGUGGCCGAGGCCUCACCCCUUGUCCCCCAGUGCCCACCUGCCAGGCCUUGGAGUGGGAGGUUCAGGACCAAGGGGCUUCUCCCGCCCAGCACCCACCCUCGGCCCUGCCCUGCGGCCACUGCGGCCACCCUCCCAAGUGUGCCAAAGGCUGGCCCGGCCCUGGGCUGCGCACCCCCUCACCCCCCUUUGCCUUAAAGCCUUGGGGUCUGGCCUGGCCCCUUUCCCUUGCCCAGCUCCGUCCCCCCACCCAAGGUGACGCAGGUUAUACCGGGUACUGCCUGCCUCUUCUCCUGCAGUGGCCCUGAGCCUGGCCAGGCCGGGCCUCCCGAGCUGGCUUUUCUCUUACCCUGACGCGGGCUGCCGCAGGGCCCAGGGCUGUGGGGCGGGGGCUGGCCCAGUUCUACCCCCAGGCUAGGUCAGUUCUGCCUAUUUAUUUUGCUUUAAGGAAAAGCUUCCCUCACCCUGUCUUCCUGGAGGAAGGGGCCAGUCACAGGAAGCAGGGAGGUGGGCCGCGAAGGGGUGGCUGGCGGGUCCCAGGAGUGGAGAAGCUGGCCCUCCUGCCAGGCGAGGGGCCAGACCCUGUCCUCCCACCUCCAGCUGCCAUUGCUCUCCCACCCAGCUUGGCCCCCUGCCCACCCACCCACCUGGGAGCUGGACCUGUACAUAGCGCACAGAUGUUUGUUGUUAAUAAAUUUUAAAAGAAA